AAAAAGGAGAAAGUGGGGGGCAGUUAAGAAAAAUAAGUCUCUUGUGUUGUUUUUUUUCACCGUGUGAAAACUCUUCGUGAAUGUGCUGUGGCUUUAUAGAUACAUCAGCAGUUGUAUAAAUAUUUUUUAGCGCAAUGCUUUGUCUACCUUCAGUGAUAACGUUUCAUGUAUCUAUCGGCACAGAUGCAGAAUGCAGGAAGCAACAAUGUGUCCUGCAAAUAACGGAUGUGUUAUUGGCCAUGAAGGUUUGACGUGAGUGAGGCUUCACUGGGUCCUAAUGCUAGAUCUCUCUUACAGCCACAGAUAACCUACAUGUGUACGCAGAGUUUCCAGUAAAUCACCCAGAGAGGCUGCUGUUGGACUCCAGUAUCAGUCGGGCACUAUGACCCAGCAGCUGCCUCCUCCAUGCAGCAGCAGUGUGCCGCUGCGAGAGGAGGACCAGAAAUCUGCAGCUCACAGAAUGAAGAGAUCAAAAUGAUGCUGCCUGUAAAAAGGGAUUAAACUCUGGGCGCCACCUCGCUUGGGAUCGGGCUGCAGCUGCUGGUGGAUAACACAGAUUUGGGAGUUGAGAAAGGAGACAUGCCGUCGCUGAGCAUCCGUUGCGACGCUUGACUGACCAUGAUGAAGACCGAAUCCACAUCCAAGAGCACCGGCUCUGGCUCCACGCUCAGGAGCCCAUCCCCGCACAGAAACGCGUACGAAGCGGGGAUGCAGGCCCUGAAGCCCGUCAAAGACAAUGCAGCGAACGGGGACAUGCAGGAGGGCCCCCGAGGGCGCAGGUACGGCUCUAACGUGCAUCGUAUUAAGAACAUGUUCCAGCAGAUGCAGACCAUCUCCCCGGCCGAUGCGGAGGGAGAGGAGGGCGCCAGGAACGCCGACAAAUCGGUGCGCCUCUCCCUCCCCAGAGCCGGGAGCCUGAACGAGAACGUGGACCAUAGCGCGCUACUCAAGCUAGGAUCCACCGUGUCCGAGCGCGUGAGCAAGUUCGACAAACCGGAGAACGGGCACCCGAGGGCCUCCUCACCCAGCUACUCCAAGCUGCAGGAGACACGCCGCAUCUUCGAGCAGCAGCAGGAGAGGCAGCAGCAGGAGAAGCUGGCCACCACCAGAGUCCUGCUGAAGACAGACAAGGCCUCAGGCUUCCAGGAUGGCAGGCUGGACGUGGUGGCACGCUUUAACGGCAGCACAGAGUCCCUGGACAGCCUGGACACCAGCGAAGCAGUGUCCCCUACGGUCAGCCAGCUCAGUGCUGUGUUUGAGCGGGCGGCCGAGCUCCGGAACAACCUCCACCGCCUCUCCUCAACCCCGCCGCUCCCUUCCAGAGGGGUCAGUGCCAAGGUGGGUGUGUUGAACUCCAAAAUAAUCACAAAGAGGGUUUGUGCCUUUGCAACAGGCAACCAGGAGGAAGAGCGGGGCAGUCAGGUGGGCCCAGAGGGGCCUCCGAGGGGCCCCAGAGGGAGGGUGACACCUCCAACUGAGAGCAUCAACGGGGGCCAAAGCGGUCCAGAACUUUACAGUACUGUAGGAGAGCAGAGCGAGCAGAGAGAAAAGACAGUGUCCGAUGCAGGUGUCGAGGUCAAAUCCGAAGAACAUUAUGGCAUCAAGAGCAGCAGCACAAAUCUGCAAGGUGACGUCUCUGUGGAGAACGGAGAAGCGCAGAAGCAGAGCUCCCCAAAAGGAGGCGAGGUGGCAAAGGAGGCCGAGGAGGAGGAAGACAGGACUGUCAGAGACGACCAGUCGGGGCGUGACUCUGUGGAUAUCAGUACCUACAGCGCCGUGGGGGAGGACUUUGGAGGGAGCCAGGUGGACGAGGAGGAAGAGGAGGUGGACGACCGCUAUGAGCCCGAGUCCAGCUGUGCGGAGAUCGCUGGGCUGCCUGUGGAGGAGGACCCACCACCGUCCAGGAAGAUCCGCUUCAGCACAGAGCCCAUUAAGGUGUUCGCCACUUACCCCAACGAGGACUACGACAGGCGUAAUGAAGACGUGGACCCCAUGGCGGCGUCUGCUGAGUACGAGCUGGAGAAGAGGGUGGAGAGGCUGGACCUGUUCCCCGUGGAGCUGGAGAAAGACGGCGAGGGCCUCGGCAUCAGUAUCAUCGGGAUGGGUGCGGGGGCCGACAUGGGCCUGGAGAAGCUGGGCAUCUUUGUGAAGACGGUCACAGACGGAGGAGCAGCACACAGGGACGGCAGGAUCCAGGUGAACGAUCUGAUUGUGGAGGUGGACGGGACCAGUUUGGUGGGAGUCACCCAGAACUUUGCCGCCUCCGUACUCAGGAACACCUCAGGAACCGUCAAGUUUGUGAUCGGGCGAGAGAAGCCGGGAGAGCAGAGCGAAGUGGCGCAGCUCAUCCAGCAGACCCUGGAGCAGGAGCGCUGGCAGAGGGAGAUGAUGGAGCAGCGCUACAACCAGUACAUGGACGAACAAGAGGGUGGCGAAUAUGGCACAGAUGAGGAGGAGGACGAUGACGAGGAGGUCAGCCCGCCGUAUCCCAGCGCCAUCGAGGUGUUUGACUUGGCAGAGAACGAGGACAUGUCGCCUCUGGAGACGGACCCUGAAAAACUGGCACAUAAAUACAAAGAGCUCCAAAUAAAGCACGCUGUGACUCAGGCUGAGAUCCAGCAGCUGAAAAGAAAGCUGCACCACGCGGAGCAGGAGAAGCAGCGCUGGCGUAUGGACAAGGCCCAGCUGGAGCAGACCCUGCAGGAGAACAAGGAGCGCAUGGAGAAGCUGGAGGGCUACUGGAUGGAGGCGCAGAGUCUGUGCCAGGCGGUGGACGAGCACCUGAAGGAGACGCAGGCCCAGUAUCAGGCCCUGGAGCGCAAGUACAGCAAAGCCAAACGCCUCAUCAAGGAGUAUCAGCAGAAGGAGAUUGAGUACCUGAAGAAGGAGACCCAGCGCUGUGCACAAGUCGGAGCCGAGGCCACUCUUCUGAAAGAGGAGUCUGGACAACUUCAGGAGCAGGUGGCUGACCUGGAGUGCAGGGUGGAGGAGCUGAAAUCUGAACCUUUAUAAAGGCCUUUUUGUCUGUUAACGUAUUUCAGAAAGCAGAACUUAACGAGUCGAAGAAGAUAGAGAGAAGAUAUUAGUUAUUGUUCUUGAAACGACCUGCAGGGUAUUUCUCGUCACCACCUCGAGCUUGGUUUCUGGUCGCAUACUGUAUAUGUGUCCUCAGGCUUUCAGCCACUUGACCCCACCCCCCUUUUAACCACAUUUUUCUGUUAACAUUUACGGGAACACGAAGAACGGUUUUAUCACAAACGCAGACUCCGCUGAGCUCUAGAUGUACUGUUCCUUUUUCAUUUCCAGAGUUCAGUAUUUAACCCCUUAAUUUGUGGUUUCGUGACAGACCAGGCUGUUGCUUUUAAUUGCCAAAAAACACCCUCCCCCCCUUUCUUUUUGCCUAGUUUUGUGACCUUUUUUGUACAGAUGUGAUACUGUGUGGUUUAACAAUCAGUUUGGUUUGUAAAAAAUUUGAAUAUGUGUAUAACAUUUAACAUAAUAUAAACUAAUGAGAUUGAGGGUUGUUGUAUAUUUUACGUGAUGAAGGUGUGUAAAUUGGACGGAGAUUGCACUGGAGAAGACAUCGACAAGGUGCUUCACUGGAACGGAGGAAUAAAGUUCGGAGGUGUCUUCGAAAUUGUACAAACAGUAACCCAACCUUCGUAGGGGUCUUGUCACUUAACCUUGAGAACCACCUGCUGCCUACCUUUCAGAAGUGUUUGUGUAUUUUUUACACAUUAAGACUCAUAAAUGAGCGUCCAACCCCUCGGUUUUAACCCCUCGGACCACAGAAACAAGCCUCCACAACUGCUGUGCCACAAACGAAAAUGGAUCUUUUCUCCCCUAAAAAUGGAUGUUGUCAAGGACUUGUGUAACUGGUAUUAGUUAGGACUACUGAUAUAAGAAACAUUACUGGACUGGGAUGUUCAAGAAGUCGUUACCAGCAGCAAACAGAUUUUAAAAAGCUCGAACCAGCAGCUGCACUUGACACCACUGUGUGUAGCACAUGGAAAACACUGCCAGGUUUUAUACCUGUUUCAAUUUACGCACAGUUUAAAAACUGAGUCUACUCGUGUCGACUGUCAUACCAGUAUGUUUGUAUAGUUCAGGUAAGACUGAAAUAUUUUAAUUUUACUUAAUAUUUAUAAUAUAGUCAAGAUGGAAAUAUGAGCUAACAAGGACAAAAACUGACAAAAGCAAUGCAAAACAUUCAGUAGACAAGUUAUACUGUGUCAUUAAAAAAAAUGUAGAUCUGGAUGACUACAAGAACAAAAUUAAGAUUAAUGAAUUGAAAAAAAACAGGCAUGUUAUGAGUAUUUUCAUAAUGUUAAGGCUUGUACAGUGCACAUGCUUUGCAUUGUAUGUUUUGUGGAAUAAAUGGUCAACAGUGAAGUCAAGGUCGUGUUUUUUCAUUUUAAAGCAAGUUGACAUUCAGAGACAAUAAGCUUUAGUUUAUAUGACUGUGGUGAGCUCAUUUAUGUUUUUUGUCUAUUGUACUGCAUGUUAAUAUAUUUUUUCUGCUCUCAAAUAAUUAACAAAUGUAUUUAAACAUAAAAAUCCAAGCUUUUGGUUAUGAAAUGCUUUAGCGUUAAAUAAACUAUAAGAGUCGCUUAGGUCUUUCCACAUGUAUCCUGUUCUAAAUGUUUUUGUGUCAAAGAGACUUAUGGAGACAGUUUUUGAAAUUAUUCAAGUAUUGGGUUGCAGCAGCUUCACAGGCUACAAUUUAACAUUAAUGGUAAGAGGUGCACCUUCAAUUUAUGUUCACUAAAGUGCUUGUUUUUGCCACC